GCAACUAACAUCCUGUUUGAUCAACUAACAGGAUGUUGAAACCACAUGCCCUUCUUUUCUUUGUUCAACACAGAAUCGAAAGUGACUAUAGAGAUCAGAGAAUCAUGGAAGCUCAUUCUUCUUAUUACGGUAACAUAAUGGAUGUGGAUACCACUGGAGCUUCUCUUGAAACUGGAAAACAAGAAGGCUUGGAUUUUGGGGGGGUUGAAGCUUCAAAAAUAAUUGCAAGGAGAGAUCUAAACAAUUUAGAGAAAUAUAAAAUGAAGAUUAAGCGUGUCAGUGAAAAAACAAAUAUUGAUGCUGCUGUGAUUGCUGCUAUUAUGUCUCGAGAAUCACAUGCUGGAACUAUCCUAGAAGAUGGUUGGGGUGACCAUGGAAAUGGAUUUGGAUUAAUGCAGGUGGAUAAAAGAUAUCAUAAACUAGUUGGCACCUGGGACAGUGAGGAACACAUUAAUCAUGCUACUCUCAUUCUCUGUAGCAUGAUAGACGAGAUUAAAAAAAAAAAUCCAUUAUGGACAAACGAACAGCAGCUCAAAGGUGGAAUUUCAGCAUACAAUGCAGGACCUAAAAAUGUCCAAAGCUAUGAGCGAAUGGACGUAGGCACUACAAAGAAUGACUAUGCCAAUGACGUUGUUGCAAGAGCCAAGUUUUACAAAACAAAUGGAUAUUAAAAAUCUAGAACAAAGAUGCUGUCAUUUCAUCCUUAUCCCAUUUUUUAUGUAAAAUUAGCAAUAUCUAUUUGCUAAAUUCUACAAAAAUAAAGUUGUGCCAACUUCUGCAGAAAAUAAAGCAAUAUUGCUAUUUUAUGGUUGCAAUCACAUUUCG